AUGGCAAAAUUAUCUCAAAAUUGGAAGAAAUUAAGUUCUAAAAUACAGGAUAAACCUAAGAAUGGUUCAGUGAAAAAACCUACUUUAAAAGGCAAGAUCUCCAAGAAAGUUAAAGCUUCAAUAUCGGAAAAAUUAUCAACCACCAACAAUACCACCACGACUACUACAACCACCACAUCCACCACCGAUGUUGUUCCUAUAGCAUCCUCAACCAAACCUACUGCGACACCACUAGAAUAUACUCUCUGGACACAAAAUCACACCAUAAAUGUAUCACAUAUACCGAAAACCCCUAAGCCAUUACCGUUAUCUAGGAAUGAUAGUAGGAAAUUAGAUCCAGGUAAAUAUGUAGCCAUAGAUUGUGAAUUUGUGGGAAUAGGUAAAGAUGGAGAAGAAUCGGCAUUAGCAAGAAUAUCAAUUAUAAAUUAUUAUGGAGUUGUACUAUUAGAUACUUACGUUCGACCACAAGAAAGAGUAACUGAUUGGAGAACUUGGGUUAGUGGUAUUCAAAGUUAUCAUAUGCAAGAUGCUAUAGAUUUUAAAACUGCUCAAUUGAAAACUAUGGAAUUAAUUAAUAAUAAAAUAUUAGUGGGUCAUGCAGUGAAUAAUGAUUUGGAUAUAUUAUUUUUAUCUCAUCCUAAAUCAAUGAUUAGAGAUACUUGUAAAUUCCCAAAAUUUAGAGAAAUUGCUGGUGGGAAAUCACCAAGUUUGAAAAAAUUGAUUAAACAUUUUAUUCAAGUUGAUAUACAAAUUGGUCAACAUUCUUCUGUUGAAGAUGCUAGAGCAACAAUGUUACUUUUCAGAUUAUUUAAAAGGGAAAUCGAACAAUCCAUGCGUAAUAGAAAUAAACGACAAUGA